AGUGUGAUGCUGUUAGAUUUUUGUUAUGUGUUGAUAUUUUAGAUACAUUUUUUUAAUUCAGCUAUGCCAAAAAAGAAAAAGAAUGAAUCAGCAGACCCCAAUGAAGGAAAACCAAAGAAUUUAACAUUAGGUGAUUUUAUUGUUGUCAAGACCAAAAAAAAUGAUACAAAACAUACCACAAGUUCAUCUUUGUUAGAGGAAAGACGAGGAGAAGAGCAAUUUACUGAAGCUAGUGGUGCUUGUUCUGUUGAUGUUACUGACUGCACAAAAGAUACGCAGCACAAAGAGGAAAAUUUAGAUAGUUCGAAAAUAUAUUUUGUCUGUCGCACAAAAAAAGGUGGAGUUCCUGUGAAAGUUGAAAGUAGAGCAAGUGGGAAAAAAGUGACAUUAGUUGAGCAUGUUGGUGGAGAUGGAAAGGCAUUAGUGCAAAUAUUAAAAAAUAAAUUUGGAACCGGUGGCUUCUACAAAGAUGAUUUCAUUGAGCUUCAAGGUGAUUUCAAACUGAAAGUAACUAAAUAUUUAAAUGAUAAUAAACAGUUGCUCAGGCCCUAUGGCACAAAAUGCUAGCAUAGGAUGCAGUGAACAGCUGUAAAUUAGGUGCCUGCAGUGAAAGAAAAUUUGUUGUGAAAUUUUAGAAGUUGUGUUUUGCGUUUUCCAUCAAAACAACCUAAAUCUAAUAGAAGUUUUUGUUUUCAUUCUUAAUGCUAAUGCAACUUUGUGAACACAAAGUUCUGUUUUUAUUAGUAAAUUUUUAUCAGUAAAUUGUAUUUUUUGUCUUUUAUUUUAUUUUGUAAUUUAAAUACCUACUUUUUAAGAAUAUAAUUUAAUUAUAUUUUAAAA